AUGCUCCCAGCGCGCGAAUUGGUUCGCUGUGCUUCGCGGAUGGAGGUUGAGCUUGACGAAACGCUGUGCCACACGAAGCGCCCUGCCAUGAACUACCUCGCAACUACUUAUACAGAAUCCUCUCCCGCAGCAAACACACUUACGUACCUGAUGACAAUACAACACUUUCCCAACAUCAAGUCUGCUUUCGGCAGCCUCCUCGCCGCCGUCCUGGCAAGUCGGGUGACUGCACGGCCAGGUAUGGCAAGAGAUCAAACGCCUAUCGCACAUUUCUUCGACGAUCCCAGGACAAAUGCUGUGCCAGGCAACAACAAUGCCACCUACGGCCCAGUGCCAAAGGCAGAGCAGAUCUUCACCAUCGAAUUCCUCGAGAUUGCUCCGUUGCCGAUGCCAGUUGACAGAUAUACAUUCUUCUGGCUUCGUGGUCUUAUCGCUCCACAACACGUCCCGGCUCUUAACAAAGAUGCACUCUCACAUACCACCAUCACUCUCGACCAAAGACCUUCGAACGAGGAACCAGACCCAACUCGAGCAUCCACUCUCCCUCUCAAGACCAUCGCUCGCCCGGAGCUGGCAGGUCAUUUCGCCAUCCGAGGCCCAGAGGGCAAAUAUCUCGAUUACCUUAGUGCGGAAGGAAAAAACGAUCUGCUAGCAGAAAUGCUCUUCCUCGCAAUGUUCAUGGAAGAAGGCGAGUACACUUUCGACGUCGUGGCUAGGCUUGCCGACGGCACCUGA